GGCCAGCCCUUCCUUCAUUGCUUCCUUCCCCUUCCCCGCAUUCACCCUUCCCACCAUCGCCGAAGUCUAGAAGGCGUCUUCAACCUUGGCAGUCUUGAGAGCCAAGUACUUUCCCCUAUCAUAGGUUGAAAUCUGGCAGACGGAAUCACUUAUCAAUGGUUGCGGAGAGAAACAGAGUAGACAUGAAAUGAGGGAAUAAGUUAUUCUGACUCAUUAUGGACGCGCUGUUCAAAACGCGCUUUAUCCCGGGGACCUGUUUCUGUUUGUCUUUGGGGGGUGUAUUGAUCAAGCCGCAAGGAUGACAUAGGAUAGCGUAGUGUGAAUCUCGAGGAUGAAGGUGGGUGGUAAGAGGCGCGGAUUGCGGAAUGCAAGUCUCAAGCCUUUGGAAGAGCCCCCUGCUGCUGAUUUUUGUGGCACUGUCAAGUUUUGAGCGUAUGGGGUGUGUUUGCGCUGGAGCGGAAGCAUUUCUGAAAUUUAGAGUGUGGUUUUUGAUGUUAGGGAUUUUUGUCGGAGAAGGAAGGGGAUACGGCGCCGGAGUGUGGCAUGUGCGAUGCGGGUUGGUGAAUAGGGGUUGAGGGUAUACGAAGUGGAAUCUGGGAAGUGUGUGCACAUUGUGCAAGAAUGGUGCCUUGUUGUUGGGGUGAGUGAAUUGUCGGGGGAUGGGGUGAGGAUUUGGCCUGGGCAUGUGAAUUGUGGUUUCGAGUGGUGCUGCUAUGGUGAUGGAUCGGACUCAGGAGCAUAGUGCAAGCACGAGUAGAAAUAGCAGUUGCGAACACAUCCUCUCGCAAAUCUUAGGUGAAAUUGAUGCAAUCACGAUCGUGUUGGACGCGGUCGUAGACGUGCCUAAGGAGCGGCAGGCUUUGAAAGCCCAUUUGUUGGAGUUCAGGGACCAGACUAGCUUGUUUCAAAGGAACUCGAGGAGGCACCAUGCUGGAAGCGACUCGCUCCCUUCUAGCCUUGAAAUUAGCAUCUCCAGCCUACAGCGGAAUGUGGACUUGGUUGCUCGCUCCCUGGGGAUCGACCCAGUGUGGAAUUCCUCCGGUGGGAAGAGUCGGGAGUCCGAAGAGGGUGAUGAAUCUACUUCUAAUCGAAGCGUUUCCGGUUCCCACAACUGGUCGCAUUUCAAGCACAGAGUUAAGAAGCUGUUUCGCGUUCCAGUCGGUUGCAAAAGUGUCCGUGCAUUCUCUCUCAGGUCGAAGGGUGUCAUGAAGUUUUUGGUGAAGGACUAUGCGGGUGCGCUUGCCGAACUCAACAAAGCGGAUUCUCUGGAUCCUAACAACAUCUUUAUUCUUCAGUUGCGUGGAGAUGUGAAGUGCUGGAUGAACGAUUACGAAGGUGCACUAGAGGAUCUUACUCGUGCAGACCAUUUGAGACCCAACGACCCUUUCACCUUGAAGGCUUUGGGUAUUGCUAAAUCGAGUCUUCGAGAUUUUCGUGGUGCAUUGCAAGCUCUGAAUGCUGCAAAUCGAUUACAGCCCAACGAUAUGUGGACUUUGAGACUUCGAGGGAGAGUGAAGCGCACCCUUCGUGACUAUACUGGGGCCUUGAAGGACCUAGACGCUGCAGACCGAAUCGAACCUAACGAUCUUGAAGUGCUUCGUGGUCGAGGCAUUGUGAAGUUUAAUCUUCGUGAUUACGAAGGGGCACUUAUCGAUCUUGACAAGGCUCAUCGAAUGGAACCCACAAGUAGCUAUAUCCUCAGGUAUCGAGCAGAUACUAAGUUACGUGCUGGUAAAUUAGACCAAGCACUCCUAGAUGUGAAGAAAGCUAUGGAACUGGAUUCAGCAUGUGCUCACUUGUAUAGGAUUAGAGGUGAAGUGAAGCUCCGUAAAAAGGAUAUCUCAGCUGCUCAUGCAGAUUUGAAUAAAGCUCUAGAAAUGCAGUCUAAUAACGCCAUUGCUUUGAGAGCUCGUGGUGAGCUGUUGUACGAGUUGGGGGAAUACGAAGACGCUUUGAAAAAUCUGCAAUCUGCAGAUCGUGCUGGGCGCAAAGAUGGGGAUACUCUCAUAGUUUUGGCGAAAAUCAAAUAUGCGCUAAAUGAUUUCAGGGGAGCCCUUUCAGAUUUGAACAAAGCUGAUAAACUUGAUCCAAACAACCAUAUCUUACUUAGAUCUCGAGGCAACGUGAAAAGGAAGCUGGGCAACUAUAGAGAUGCAUUGAGUGAUCUUAACAGGGCUAAUGAACUCAACCCGCAAAGCAGUUGGAUCCUUGGAGUGAGAGGUGACGUGAAGCGAAAACUCGGUGAUCUUCGUGGUGCCCUAGCGGAUUUGGACAGUGCUGAUGAGCUUGAACCCAACAACGAUUUUACUUUGAGAGCGCGUGCAAAGGUGAAAAGGUUACUUGGGGACGAGAGAGGUGCUCUGAAUGAUCAGCUACUGGCGGAGUUGCUUGGGACUAAUUCUAACAUUGAUGAAAUUGAUAUAAAAUCUUCUAGGAGGAACAUAUCUCGGAGAGCGCAUGAAACCCUUUCUCAACAGAACCAACAAAGCACCCGAAAUUCAAUUAGAGAGAUCCCAUCUGAGUUCGGCUCGAACUCAAACACAAAGUCUUCUGUCAGAUCUUUGACAUCCGGGUUCGACUCGAACUCAGGUACGAGGUUUUCAAUCGGAACUCUGCCAUUCGAGUUCGACAUGUACACAGACACGAGAUCUUCAAUCGGAACUCUGCCAUUCGAGUUCGACUCCAACACCGACACGAGGUCUUCAAUCAGAACCCUGCCAUCUGACUUCGACGAAGGCAGUGAUGUUUAGAGUGUGGUUGUUGCAGAUGUUUCCCGUUCAACAUGGUCCACCAUGUUCAGCAGAUUGAGUUGUACAUAACGGUUUAUUUUUAUUCAUCAAAGAAACUUUGUGCAUGAGUCUCUCGAUGUAAAGUAUAUCUUAUGGGGGGGGGGGGGGGGGGGCUACAAUUUAAAUCAAAGGUUGUAGUGUAGCCAUUCGGCCUCCUAGUCUCAAAGGUGAAGGUAAUGCUGAUGCAUCAGAAAGGUGAGAUGAAAGUUUUGGAGCUUUUUUCAAAGAAGCUUGUAAGGAUCAUCCAUUGUGGCAUGCACUUGUAAAAUUGUUCUUGAAUCCAAA